CCGGCUUAUCUCAUCCCGGCGGAUCGCCCCCGGUGCCGACCCGCACCGACUGCUCCCUCCCCGCCGUCUGAUGUGAAUCUCACCCUGGCGGAGGAGAGAGAGAGAGAGAGGCGGAGAGAGAGUGGGAAAGAGGGAGAGGGAGAUUGGAAACACACGGCUGCGCUUCACUUUCUUGUCUUCCCCGGGUCUCCUGCGCCUCUUCCCGGGAUCUUUGUGUGGACGCUGCGGCUGCUCCGAACCAGCAGCAGCAGCAGAGCUGAGCGACGCUGCUAAUAGCAGCAUAGUUCUCACAGUGGCCCCAGCUUGAUGCUGAAAUCCCGACAUUCAUGAGAAGGCAACAGGAAGCAGAUUACUAAGGGAUUAAAUGUAUCCACACACAUCCACACACGCACACACUCACACACACUCAUGCACACACAGGAUACCACAGUUCCAGGCUUUGACCGACAUCCCACUGUGGCUCUCGCUGUGAAUGAACUUGUCUGACUGACUGAGACUCUCUCCGCUAUCAUGGAAGAAGAGGAGGAGCCGACAGAGUCUCAUUGAAUUUAAAACACGUGACCUCCCCCUCCGCCUCCUCUCUGCUGCCUCACCGUCAAAGCCUUGGACCGCUUCAUGAGAAUCACGGACUCACAGCGAACAACAUUACAGAAAGGAGUGAGAGAAAGCUAUCCUGCUGUCCCACGAUGCAUCAGGAGUAAGAUCAGAAUCCGCCUCACAGAGGGCUGUUUCUAUGGAUACCCCUGGCCUGGGUAGUGUAAAUCAGAACCACUGACCAUUCUGACUAGUUUUGUAUGAGUAACACACAGAGAAGUCCUUUCUGGCUGCACAUUACGAGACCAAAUACUUGAAGACAGGCUGAGAAAAAACAUCGCCAUUGUCGCAUGUCAUGGAAGAUGUGGAAGAGAAAACUGAAGUUUAGAUGCUUCACCAGCACUUGCCACUGUGAGAUCACAGACUUCAGUUAUUUUAUGUUUCAGUUCAGGAUCACGAGAUGAUUCAUUCAAGAGAGAACAACCCACACAGGAUUUAAUAAGAAGCUAAAAUGAUGCACAAAGAAAGUUUUUCUGAACCCUGAGGGAAAUAAAAUCCUUUUCUUGCAAUACUGAGUAUAGCUCAAAAUACAGCACAGGCCUCUCUUGAUGUAUUAAUCCCAUUAGAAUUGUUUGUAGGCCACCCCUUUCUGAGACAACUAAAAAAAAAACCAAACAAACAAAAAAACUGCAGCAGCUACCUAAUUAAUCAGGUCUACAAUCACCAGCAAGAUGUAACAUCACACGCAUGAGACAAACAACACCACCAUGUUUAUUUAAAGGUCAGAUCUACCUGUGUCAGUAUUUGGAAUCUCUCACAUCUGGACAGCUGUGAAAUGGCCCGACAGGACACCCCUCUCUUCCUUCACGGCUUCGACCUCAGCAGCCACUUUGUUGACCCUCGACCUCUCGGCACAGGCGUCACAGGCUUGGUCCUGUCUGCGGUGGACCAGCGGUCCGGACAGCGUGUGGCCAUUAAAAAGCUGGUGAUGCGAGACGCUGUGACAGUCAAGCACGCCCUGCGGGAGGUGAAAAUCACUCGGCGGCUGCACCAUGAAAACGUGGUGCGGGUUCAUGAGGUUCUGGCACCGUAUGGGCGACCUCUGCCCCGGGACCCCACCCAGCUGACUGCACUGUACAUCAUCCAGGAGUGCAUGGAGACUGACCUGGCUCGUCUACUGGAGCAAGGCCCACUACCUGCAGGCCACGCUACUCUGCUGUUCUACCAGCUGCUGAGGGGACUGAAGUUCAUACACUCAGCCAACGUCCUGCACAGAGACCUGAAGCCUGCCAACAUAUUCAUCAACACAGACCAGCUGCUGCUCAAGAUCGGAGACUUCGGGCUGGCCAGAAUAGUUGACCCCCAUUAUUCUCACAAGGGCUAUCUGUCUGAGGGUUUGGUAACUAAGUGGUACUGCUCCCCCCGUCUGCUCCUGUCACCCAACAACUACACCAAGGCCAUCGACAUGUGGGCUGCUGGCUGCAUCCUGGCUGAGAUGCUCACUGGACGCAUGCUUUUUGCAGGAGCUCAUGAGCUGGAGCAGAUGCAGCUCAUUCUCAACUCGGUGCCCGUGCUGAGAGACGAGGACAGGCAGGAUCUGCUGCAGGUGAUGCCUUCAUAUGUCAGUCACGGAUGGAGAGUGAAGAAACCCUUUUCUGAAUUGCUGCCUGAAGUGGACGCUCAGGCUGUUGACUUUCUGGAGCGCAUCUUGACGUUCAACCCCAUGGAUCGGCUGACGGCCGAAGCGGCUCUGUCCCACCCGUUCCUCCAGGAGUACUCCUGUCCAAACGACGAGCCCACGUCAUCGCAUCCUUUCCGCAUCGAGGACGAGCUGGAGGACAGCCUCAUAACCGAGCAGAGCCUCAGCAUCAGCAACAGUCAGGCCUCCAGCAUCCACUGGGACAGGUAUGAGAACAGUUUAUCAACAGAUAUGUGCUGGCGGCAGUCAGGCGGACGCUGUCGCUGCAUGCCUCCUGGGCACGCGACCUCUGACCUGGGAGACACUACGGAGGAGGAGGAGGUGCAGAGGGAUCCACGAGCCAGUUCCAGCUCGCUGCUGGAGGAGGCUCAGGUUGACCCUCGCAAGUACUCUCACAGUAGCUCGGCCGAACGCUUCCUGGAAAACUCCCACUCUUCUCUGGAACGGGCCUGCGGUUUGGGAUACGGGGAGCUUGACUGCGGCCGCUCUUGCGACUACAAAGUAGGGUCUCCGUCAUAUUUGGACAAGAUAGCGUGGCGUGAAGGAAAGCCGCAGCACUACUCUGAGCCGAAGCUGAUCCUGGAUCUGUCUCACUGGAAGCGCAACACGAACAGCCUCCCCGUGCCGGCCGAGCCGGUCGGCGGCAGCAUGGAGGACCUGGGAGAGAUGAAGGACGAGGGGGAGGAGGCGGACGAGGAAGAAGAGGAGGAGGAGACGGGGGAUUUGUUUCAGGAAAUCUCCCGCUGGGUGGAGAGCACCCAGUCUCGCCUGCACUCACCGAGUCCCAGUCCUUCUUUAGAACAGCAGUCCCCCUCCUGCUACACCUCUUCUCCGCCUCUCCCUCUCUCCCCCACCGACCUGCAAGCUUCAAUCUUCCACUACACGCAAAUACCGUCAGCUGAGUAUGACUUAGGCCGGCUGAGCCCUCUUCCCCCGAUCACGUCUUCCUCUACUGCCCUGCCCUCUCUGCUCCCUUCAUCUCCCACCUCAUUACUUCCCCCUCAGUCCUCUCAGCCGACGUCACCCCCGGGUUCGCCGCCUCUGCCUCCCUCAGAAUCUCAGCCCCUUUCCUCCACUUCCUCCAUUUCGAAGCCAUUAAACGCCGACGCCUUGGAGUCACUUCCCGUCAAGCAGAAAGAACGCCUCUUUGACCUCGAUGUGUUCAUUUCCCGAGCGCUGAAGCUGUGCAGGCAGAACAAGGAGAAGGCCAGUGUUAAGAAAGGCAAAGAGGCGGGAUGGACGGAGGAGAGCAAGCAACCAAACAUGAACCGAAAGGUACCCAGGCUACCCGAGCACAGGACUCCACCUCCACAGAAGCCCCAGUCCUGAUGCUGACCUUUGACCUCAUGGCGAAGCGUCAUUAAGGGCAGCAGUUCCAAAUGCUUACAGCGCUUUUCUUAGUAAGCAGAGUCCAUGGUUGAAUAUGCUGCACUAACACUAGAACUAGCGGCUUCUGUCUUUUUGAUACCGCUGCAGUGACACCGAGUCACUUCAAUAAGCAAUCUCGCAGCUUUUGUCAUGAGAUGAUCUCAGGCAGUACGACUUGAGAAAGCGUUUUUCUUUAAAUAUACAUGACCAUGCUAAGCACUGCAAAUGUGAAAGAUCUUCUAUACGACCAUAAUGAUUUAUUUAAUGACUGCAGUAGUUGUGCUUUUAUAUAUUUUGACAAGUUGAGGACAGAUUUGACAUAAAACAAAACGAAACAAAAGUUAGCUGCUGUGAAGAAAUGCUCUGGAUUUGUUUCUCAUGAAUGAUUCUUUACUGUCAGUCUGCAAAUUUUCUAAAAGCCAGCCUGUCUUCCAACGGUGAGGUUCACCAAAUAAUCACAGUGAAGCAGGAAAUGCUUAUCCUGGGUGUUUCUGAAUGUAUCUGAUUGGACCGGCUACAGACAAAAACUGGUUAAAUUAUUCUGGACACUAAACCACAUGGGUUUUGUUCGUUGCAGUUGUGACUCUCUCUUAGUAACUUAAUUUUUAUGACAGCUUCAAAUAGACUGUAAACUUGUAGAAAAUUUCUUGUGAUAUUUAAUUCUAUUGUAUAUUUAUUAUGACUUUAUUCUUGUGCAUAAAAUAUUCUCGUAUUCUUUGUUAAAUGAGAGGGCACACAUUCAUAUGGAGUAAGUUGUAUUUUCUUUCGGUGUGGAAUGCUUUAUCGUUGCUCUAGUUUUUAAGCCUAAGUAGUUUUUGUUUGCCUGAUGGUUAAAACAAGGUCGUCGUCUGUUCUACGUUGAAAAUAUCCUCUCUGUAUUAGACAGGCACAAAUCUAUCACCUUUUCGCUCACCGAAAUGUUACCCUCAGAAAGCUUUAAUGCAAACAACAGUAGCCUAUAUUUUGGAGAACGUGGACUUUUUGAAACCUUUUUAGGAGUUGAAUUGUAUCCAAAGCCUCCCAAUGUUACAAGGAAAAAAAUAUGAAUGAGAUUUAUAUUUUUAAGCACUAUUCUCUUAGCCUGCAAGGUAGCAGACCCUCACAAUUUUAUUAGCAGCGUAUUAAAAUCUGAUGUCUCAGAGGCAACUGGAGAAAAGAUACAGUCGGCUGCACGGUCAGUUAGCAAGGCUGUUGGCGUGUGCCUUGUAGUUUUUCAGUCAAAUGCAUAAAACAUUCACUUCCUUUGUUGUUCAUUUGUGAGCAUAUAAAAAAGGCAUCAAAGAAAUUCUGAAGACGUUGCACCAGAUUUACAUCCAGUUAAAAGAUUGCAUUCUACUUUCUGCAGCCAUAAUCCCACUUUCCAUUAGUUUUGCUCUUUGAAAUGUAAUGUUGUUCCGUGAGUUUUCUACAGACUGUCUGCAGCCUGUGAGCUUUACAUACACACUGCAAUCCAAUUAUAGGGAGUGCAUAAUCCUAAUAUAUAAAAUAACAAACCUCACUGCCAGCCACAUUGGAGCGUUUUGAUGUC